UGGUGCCAGCUAGCUACUUUCAAAACUUGAAUUUGAAACCCUUUUUUUUCCUUCCUAUAAAAACCACUCUCCUUUCAUUCUUUCCAUCACACUGAACAGAACGCAACCUAACCUAGCUAGCUUCUUCUUCUUCACCACUUCUAUCAAUUCCCUUCAUAAUGGCUUUGCCUAAUCAGCAAACCGUUGAUUAUCCUAGUUUCAAGCUUGUUAUCGUCGGUGACGGUGGCACUGGAAAGACAACUUUCGUCAAGAGGCAUCUUACUGGAGAGUUCGAGAAGAAAUAUGAACCUACAAUUGGUGUGGAAGUGCAUCCAUUGGAUUUCUUCACAAACUGCGGAAAGAUUCGGUUCUACUGCUGGGAUACUGCUGGACAAGAGAAGUUUGGUGGCCUCAGAGAUGGAUACUAUAUCCAUGGGCAGUGUGCUAUUAUAAUGUUUGAUGUUACAGCCCGACUGACAUACAAGAAUGUCCCUACCUGGCACCGUGAUCUUUGCCGGGUUUGUGAAAACAUCCCGAUUGUUCUCUGUGGUAAUAAGGUUGAUGUGAAGAACAGACAAGUAAAGGCAAAGCAGGUUACCUUCCACAGGAAGAAGAAUUUGCAGUACUAUGAGAUUUCAGCUAAGAGCAACUAUAACUUUGAGAAGCCUUUCCUUUACCUUGCCAGGAAACUUGCAGGGGAUCCUAACUUGCACUUUGUAGAAUCUCCUGCAUUGGCUCCACCAGAAGUUCAAAUUGAUUUAGCUGCACAACAAGUACAUGAGAAUGAGCUUCUCCAAGCUGCUAAUCAACCCCUUCCUGAUGACGAUGAUGAUGCUUUUGAGUAAAGCUUUUGUGUCUCUGGACUAUCUUCUUGAGUGUAUGCUUACUGUGUGUUUCAGAGGUUGUACUAUUCAUAUUUUUGGAUGUGGAUUUGAGGAUCUGAAUUCAACCAGUAUGAAAUGUUUUACUUGAAUUGAAAAUUUAUUGUUAUUACCGUGGGCAUUAACUUCAGUCCUAUUUAUAUGAGUUUGUUUCAUACAAUUCUUAUUUCUUA